GUAGAAGUUGAGGUUAAUUCUGCAAGGUAAACACCAGUUAUUUUAUUUUUGACUGCAAGUCCGCCUCGUUUGUUGCGCUACAACGCUGUUUAAGUAUUACAAUUGUAUCACUGUAAACCUUAAAUUGAGGUGUUAAAAUAGCGAUGGAAGUUCAGCUCCCACCACACGAGGGCGCCAAGCUCUCCGUGGUCGACAUGCACACUGGUGGCGAGCCGUUACGCAUCAUCGUCAGAGGCUACCCGGAGGUCAAAGGCGACACGGUGCUGUCCAAGCGCCGUUACAUGCGGGAGCACUUGGACCACCUUAGGAGGGCGCUGAUGUACGAGCCGCGGGGCCACUAUGACAUGUACGGCGCCCUGGUGGUGGACAGUGAGCUGGCGGAGGCCCACCUGGGCGUGCUGUUCAUGCACAACGAGGGCUACAGUACCAUGUGCGGGCACGCCGUCAUUGCGCUGGGACGCUUCGCCGUGGAUUAUGGGCUUGUGAAGGAGCCGUGCUCGCCCGAGACGCUAGUGAAUAUUCACUGCCCGUGCGGCCUGGUGAAGGCCUUUGUUGAGUAUUCGGAAGGGAAAACGGGGGCAGUGAGGUUCCUCAGUGUGCCGGCCUUUGCCUUCGCUACAGAUGCAACAGUAGCGGUGGAAGGCUUUGGCGACGUGAUGGUGGACAUCGCCUACGGAGGAGCCUACUACGCCUUUGUAGACGCAAAGAGGUUCGGUCUGGACGUAUCCAAGUCCAGGACUCGAGACCUGGUGGAUGCCGCCACAGCCGUCACCGCGGCGGUCAAGGCACAGGUGAAGCUCCACCAUCCAGUCAGCGAUGACCUGGCCUUCCUCUACGGCACCAUCCUCACUGACGGAAAAGAUGAGUAUUCCUCGGAAGCCACCGCCAACGUCUGCGUGUUCGCAGAAGCUCAGGUGGAUCGAAGCCCAACCGGUUCCGGCGUGACAGCGCGAGUGGCCCUCCAGUAUCACAAAGGUCUCAUCCAGUUGAACCAGUCCAGGACCUUCCAGAGCGGAGCGACGGGAUCUCAGUUCAGAGGGAAAGCUGUCGAGGAGACCAAGUGUGGAAACUUCAAGGCAGUGGUAGUGGAGGUCGCCGGCAGAGCGUUUUACACUGGAGUUUCAAGCUUUGUGCAGGAGCCAGAAGAUGAACUGACGCAUGGAUUUCUGCUGAAGUGAGAGUCCUUUCCUCUGCGUUGAUGUACCUUGGCCACUAGAUGGAGCUACGACUUCUCACAUGGACACGCAUGCUUACUAUUCACUAAAUAACUACCACCAAGACAUAAAAAAUUGUAUUUUCCCUUGCAUUUUCUACUACUGGUUAUUUUUAUUGGUUUGUUUUCAUCUGAAAAGUAUGGAAACCCCUUUUCCACACUGAAAGAAAAUAAAUAUCCAAAUGGUAAGUCUAAUCAUUUCGACCUUUUAUCUCAUAAUUAUGACUUUCUUAUCUCAUAACAUCACUUUAUCUCGUCGCUUAGACUUUUUAUCUCAUAAUUGACUUUUCUAAGUCAUAUGACUUGAAAACAACAGAAACAAUGUUA